AUGUCGCAGCACCGGGAUACUGUGAGAAACAGGGAGAAGGCAGCCCAUACCAAUAACUGGCGCACCUCUUUGACUUCAGUCUGUAUCAUUCUCUGCCAAUUUGUGCAGAUGAUACCAGUGGGAGCCGGAAUCAAUGGUAGCCUAAAUAUUGCAAAAGGGCUCGGAGCCCCCCUGAGCAAGCCCUCUGGAUCGUGGCCUCGUAUCCGAACAUUUGUCAUCAUUGGAGGGCGCAUUGGCGCCGUGUAUGGGCACAAGAUCACCGCCGUGGUAGCAGGUGCUGCUUGGGUUAUAUUCCACCUCAUCGCAGGCUUCAUGCGCCAUAUCAUCUCUGUCUGCAUCAUGCGCGCCCUUGCUGGCAUCGCCGCAGCAUUUGUCAUGCCCAAUGCCAUUGCUCUGAUCACGAUCAACUUCCCGCCCGGAAAGACGCGUAAUCUGACGGUUGGAUUGUUUGGGGCAAUGGCGCCUAUCGGGGCGGCUGGGGGGAGUGUCUUUCCGGGACUGUUUGGUCAGUUGCUGCCGUGGUGGUGGCUGUUUUUCUUCCUAGCAAUCCUAGGGGCGGUUGUAUCUGGUCUCUUCUUUCUUGUUGUCAAGGGUGAAGAGCAGCCCAUGGAUCGAAAUGGGAAAAUCGACUACGCUGGUGCUUAUUUUGGUGUCGCUGGGUUAUUCCUUUUCAACUUUUCUUGGACACAAGCAAGCUUGGUUGGUUGGGAUCAUCCCUAUGUCUAUUCCAUCUUUCUAGUCUCUCUGCUACACCUAGUUGUCUUCGCCUUCCUCGAGGUCAAAGUUGUCGACCAGCCAGCCCAUCAUGCCUAUGGCAUGAUGAUUGUGUCGGCUGUUAUCUCCUUCAUGAGCUUCGGCAUGUUACUCUGGUACGUCACUGUCUGGAAUCUGGAGGUCAGGGGCUACAGCGUAUUGCUCAAUGCGGCGGCGUUUGUUCCCCUUACCAUAGGCGGCGCUGGUGCAGCUAUACUCAGCGCCCACAUCGUGCGGUAUGUUGCAGCACAGUACACCUUUGCCAUCGGAUCACUCGCGACUCUAGUGUCUUUGAUUCUCGUGGCUACGAUGCCUGAGCAACAGUCAUACUGGGCCCAAGUAUUUCCGGCACUCUUGUUGGCAUCUCUGGGGCCAGACUUCCUGUUCACGGCCUCUCAGCUCAUUGCGAGCGGGACGGUGAAGCGGUCUCAACAGGGAGUCGCCGGGUCGCUCAUUGGGACCGUCUUGGCUUAUGGCCUAGCUACCGGGUUGGGUUUUGCGGGGACCGUGGAAUACUACACCAACAACCAGGGCAAGGAUUUGGUGAAAGGAUAUCGUAACGGCCUUUAUAUUGGGAUCGGAAUGGCCGGGGCGGCCAUCAUACUGCCUUUGCUGUCAGUUAGGAUACCAAAAGACACGAGAGAGGGAUGGGACGAAGAGACAAUUGCCGACUAA